CUUGCUCAGGUGAAGUCUCAGCUGCACAGCUGUAUCAGUAGACAUCUGGAGAUCCUGCGCUCUCGUGAGGUCUGGCUGCUGGAGCAGAUCGAUCUGGUGGAGCAGCUCAAAGGAGAGACUUUACAUCAGCAGCUACAGCAGCUAUAUUCCCUGAAAGGCCAGUUUGACAUACUCAUUCAUCAGCUGGAGUAUUCCGGUAGUAACAAUCUCACCACCCAGCUCUCAAACUGCCUGGAAAAGCUUUCUUCUCUUAAUCUGACUCCUGAAGAAACCCCAGAGAUGAGUUUUCAAGCAGAUGCGCACACUCUGCGUAAGGCCAUCACAUCAUUUGGGACAAUUGCCUCAGAGCAAAUGGAGACCUCAGAGUCUUUGGCAAGACCAUGGCUUCUCCAGGACUGUCCAGUCUCUUUUAAGAAGCAGAAAUUGGAUCCUGAACGCACUACACCUCUGACCGAGUGGCUUUUGGGGAAUCAUCCAGUUUGCAGUGCUCCAGUAAAAUACCACUUAAGCACAAACCCUCAUGACUGGCUGCUUGUUUCCAAGGAAUCUCAGGAAGAGAAACGGCUACCAGCCUUCGACUUCCAGAAGGCUUGGGGCCAGCUCCAGGAUCUGGAGUCAUGGCUUCUGAAGGAGAAGUUGCCGAUUCGUGAGCGAACCUGCAGCAGCAGCUCCACCUUCUCCAUUGAGAUGAUCGACGAAAGCGACUUCAAUCUGGAUGAGCUGGAAGAUGAGCAGGAAAAAGCAAACGACACCCUUGAGGAAGAAGAACUCGACAAGUGGCUCGUCAACUCAAGCCCCGUCAAGCAAAAUCAAACCAACCCAGAUGCAGAGCGCUUCAAGCAGAUCUUCAAACCUUUCUACGAGAGCUUCUCCUCUAGUGAUUGGCUAUCAAAAUCCGACUGCGGCUCCUGCUGUUCCACACGCACCACAGCUGUGGAGAUUGAAAACCUCGGAAAGCUCAAGUGCCUAAAAACACCACCGCCGUCCACUCCGGUCACCACUCCAGAUCCCAUGGAGAUGUGGCUCCACAAGACCAUCCCUCUGGAGAGCACAUGCAAAGCCAAUGAGACCUGCACCAGCUACGCCCAAUGCGUCUGCGAAGACAACUGCGGAAAAGAAGCUCUUAGCGCUUGGCUCCUCAAGAAAGAGGGUCGAGAUAAAAACGGCGUUCCCGUCAAUAAGAACAGCACAAACAAAGCCUCCAGCCACCAGCAGGAGCAGCAGCAGAAGGUUCAGGCCAUCCUUGAGGCCUGGCUGCACCCUAGUAACACUGCCAAAUCCCCAGACCUGACGCCUCUGUCUGCGUGGGCGAUCCCACACAUUAAACUCGCAAACUCGGAGAGCUCCGGCGAGAACCCUCUGCAGACCGAGAACUGGCUGCAUCCGGCGGUCAAGCAAAUCAGCGGUGCUACCGAGAUGCCAAAUAAAGCAGAGAGCAAGAAGGCAAAGGAGCAGGAUGGAAAAGAUGGAGAGGAGGACAAAUGGCUUUUACGCAAGCGGGUCAGUGCACAGGAAAGGCUCGGCCUCCCCAUAGUAUGUGACCUGUUUUCCUGUAUGAAGCUCGGCGGCGACAAGGAAAAGUGGCUCCAUCAAGCAGCCACACAGAUAUGAAUGCAGCAGCAUUACUCUAGUGCUAUUUAAUUGCUGAUUAUUGCACAACACUCUUCUUCCGUGCUCUUUGGGGACUCGUUCUGUCUGGGAUCUUCUGCCGACUGAAAGUGAUUUAAGGCCUGCGGCACAUCAUUUUUGGGAAUUGCUGUCAUAUUUUUUUUUUUUAUUGGCUCAAUGCUGUUCAAUUCCAGUGAUGAAGGGGAAGACCAAUAGAUUUCAUUAAUGUGAUUUUAAACAUCAAGAACAAAUGGACUGGAUGCAAACAAAACUGUUUUUCACCACAGGGUCAUAAUGGGAGAGCUGAAAUUUCCAAAAUGUGUCUAUAAUAGUUUUAAUCGCACACAGUUAUAGCUUUCUUCUUAUCCCCCCCCCCCCCCCCAUCCCCCCCCCCAUUUUAACCUCUCAGAAGAUAUAUUUAUAUAGAAUUAUUUUACUAUUUUAAGUAUGUAGCUUUCUUUGCCAUUUCUUGUUUCAUUUGUCAUGAUAAACAAAGGUCACAUGCCAGCUAAACACAGCAAAACUUCUGUUUCCAAACCUCCAGAAGCAGAACUGGUGCCUGAUGUGUUGAAUGUGUAGCAAUGCUUGCUGUCAGUCCAUGUGUGUGCGCAUGAGUGUGUGUGUGUGUGCGCAACAAUACACCUUAGUCUACUGUGUCAUGUGUGUGGCUUGAACCUGUCAAACGAUCAGUAUAGCGCUCUUUAAAAAUGCAUCCGCCAUAAAGCAACCACUGAUAGCGCUUUGUGAACAUGUAGACAGGAUUUAAGGACUGCUUCAGAAAUGAAAUGCUUUGAGAAAUUUAAUCUUGGUGUCUUUCAACUAGUAAUGGACCAAGGACUGAAUAUAUAAACGUUUCUUUUCUGUUUUCCCUGUCAGGAUUGUGCCAGACCGCUGGAUUGCACACAUGUACUUAGUUAGGUUGUUCUGAAGUAUUGCUUACGUCAUCUAUAAUGCUUUGAUCCAUCUCAAAUCAAUAAAUAAAUGAACAUAUGUAUAAAUAUAAA